CGCCGACCCUCAGUACGAAGCCACCGCCGCAACUGGUACCUCAGUAUGAUGUUCCAUAGAUGUCCUUGCGAGUUCACGUUGAAUUCGCGCAUCCUCAAACACUUAUGCCACUUGCAGUUCUUCUCUGUUCUUCUCUCUCAGGAUACAGGACUUGAUCAAGACUUGAUGUCAUCAUCCGUCCCACUUGCCCAUGCCAACCGCGCUUGUUAGAAUUCGCCGCUGAUAUCGGAUCAGAUCGAGGGAUUAUGUCGGCCAAAAGUAUUCAUUAUGCCCUUCCAUAAUUAGACGGGGGCCUCGUGGCUCUGAGCUCACACGUGUGUUUGACGCCCAAAGCUCUCCCUCUCCUCUAUCCACUUGUCCACUAUCGAACAUGUCGGCGCAGCAAGGGGCUGAAGCUCUCAGGCAUAAGAUCGACGAUCUGCUCGUGCAGGGGGUUGACAUAGCGGUCCCGAUUCUCAAGGUCGUCAAUGCUACGGCUGAUUGGUGUCCCCCUCUCAAGAUGGCCACUGGCGGUGCACUCUCCAUCCUCGAUGAGGUUCAGAAGUUCAGAGACAACAAGAAGGAAUGGGCUGAUUUCGGUCAAUACGUAGCCGACACCGUGAUCGACGUGAUUUUAGUCAUGAAAUCUUAUGAUACGUCAGCGGAGGAGGCAAACCCGUGGAUGGAGAGUGCCACAAAGCUCAAAAACGCUCUAGAGGUGGUUGAGUCCGAAAUCAAAGGAAGACGGGAGAAAGUAGAGAAACGACCGGCCUUAAUAAAUGCGGUUUCGUACUUGCGAGACCCAGGAAGGAUCAAUAGCCUCAAGAAAGAUUUUGACAAAGCAUUGGCAUCGUUCCAGCUUCGGACGAACUUGAUGACUGGUGCCAAAUUAGCGGCCAUGGAACGUCGUCAACAGGAUGCAGAACGUCGCCAACAGGAAGAUAAAAUUCUCGAGAGCCUCCGAUACCCUCAUAUCGCCCUUGGCGAUUCCGCUCAGGCAUGCCUAGAAGGCACUAGGGUUGAUCUUGCUGAGCGUAUCAUGACAUGGUGUCGCAACACUGGGGAGAGUGAGAAUCGGCUGAUGCUACUGACUGCUGUGGCCGGUGCCGGCAAGACUUCAAUUGCGCUCACGAUAGCAGAACGAUGUGCGAACGAAGAGGACGUUACCCUGUUACUGCACUUCUUCUUUAAAGCGGGUGAACAGGCGCGGCCCGAUUUCUUAUUCACCGGCAUAGCUCGAGCCCUAGCAGACCUUGGCCCGGUUUACCGCAGUUCCAUUAUCUCUGCUCUUAGAAAAGAUCCUUCUCUCUCAACAGCCCCACUAGCGAAGCAAUUCGGGAACUUGGUGGCUUCGCCUCUCCUUCAUACACCUCCGCCUUCCGGUCAUUCUAUGGUCGUCAUCAUUGAUGCUUUGGACGAGUGUGACAAAACCGCGUUUUUACCCCUUGCUGAAAUCCUUAGGGAGGAGGUGCCCAGGCUACCAUCUUCCAUAAAAUUCUUCAUCACAUCGAGACAAUUUGAUCUCGUGAAUCGUUUCCUCUCCCCCAAUUACCCUAUCAAUCGACUCACUAUUGAUCUCUUGGAUGAGACAAACGUGCAGGACUGUGCUACAUACAUCAGUUUCCAGCUUCAAAAGCUGAAGAAAUCGCAUCCGGAGUUACGCAAUAAUCUUCAGAAUGAGGACAAAAAAGUUCAGGAGAUCUUGGAACGAGCAAAUGGCUUGUUCAUUUGGGUCAGCACCAUCUUCCUCUACAUGGAGACGACCAGCAACGAUCCAAUGAGAACACUGGGGCGCCUGCUCGACACUGGCACCAAACGUUCAAAGAUCCCUGCCGAGGGAAUGAUGGAUCGUUUAUACACAACGAUUCUGAAAAGGUGUAAUUGGGAAGAUGAAGAUUUUGUGCACGACUACCCAAUCGUGAUGGGAGCAAUCGUCGCUGCACAACAGCCUCUGUCGAUCACUGCCUGGGAUGUGAUUUUGUCACCUUCCCUCAAUUCUUCUGUCCGUUAUGCAUUGGCUGAACUCGCCCCUCUCCUCUUGGGGGUUGAGGAUUCUCACAUUCCGAUUCGCAUCUUACACCAAUCAUUCCGCGAUUUUAUUGUGGAUCGGAUCGAUCUGCGAUCCAUCGACCUUGGUUGCAGUCCGGUAGAUUUGAGGACAGAGAAUGCCAGGAUUGCCCUGCAAUGUACUGAGAUUUUGAACCGGGAUCUUUGCUCUGUAGAGGGCCUAGGACUGAUUGAAGGCUUGUCUGAAAGAGAUGAAAUGCCGCGUAUCCCUCCGGAGCAGUUAUCCGAACACUUUCGUUAUGCAUGCUGUCAUAUUGUCCAUCACCUCAGUGGAGUCCAGGAACCAUCAGAAGAGCUCAAUCGGUCAGUUGGCAUGUUUCUCAGUCAGCAAGCAACUUGCUGGGUGGAAGUCUGUGUGAGAAUGGAGGGCUACAUCAGUAUCUCAUCACUCCCUGAGUGGGUCAAGUUGUCUGUUGACCACAGCUCGAAAGAUGCUGUCGGCACACUGGCUAUUGUGCUUGCCCGGCUUUCAUCGAAUUUGGUAUUUUUGUCAAGAUUCCAGGAGGCACAUGAGGCAGCAAGUGAUUCUGUUGCACUCUGCCGUUACCUUUUUUCUGUGGACUCAGUGUCCUACACCCCGCAUUUGUCCCUGUCACUCAAUAAUCUAUAUUUGGCUCUGUCUACACUUGGACGGCACUUGGAGGCGCUCCCAUUCAUUGAAGAAAGCGUCAAACUCCGGCGUGAGCUAGUUGCCAUUCACCCAGGAUCAUACACCCCGGAUCUGGCCAGCUCACUCAACAAUCUCCGUGGUGCUCUCGCCAGACUCGGACGGCACUCGGAGGCGCUCCCAUUCAUUGAAGAAAGCGUCAACCUAUACCGUGAGCUGGUUGCCGCUCACCCAGGAUCAUACACCCCGGAUUUGGCCAGAUCACUCAACAAUCUAUUUAACGCUCUUUCCAAUCUCGGACGGCACUCGGAGGCACUCCCAUCUAUCAAAGAAAGCGUCAAACUCUGGCGCGAGCUAGUUGCCAUUCACCCAGCAUCAUACACCCUGGAUCUGGCCAUCUCACUUGACAAUCUCUGUGGUGCUCUUUCCAAUCUUGGACGGCACUCGGAGGCGCUCCCAUUCACCGAAGAAAGCAUCAAACUACACCGUGAGCUGGUCGCUGUUCACCCAGGGUCAUACACCCCAGGUUUGGCCCUCUCACUCAACAAUCUAUAUAAUGCUCUUUCCAAUCUCGGACGGCACUCGGAGGCGCUCCCAUUCAUUCAAGAAAGCGUCAAACUACACCGUGAGCUGGUCGCUGUUCACCCAGGAUCAUACACCCCAGAUUUGGCCCUCUCACUCAACAAUCUAUUUGACGCUCUUUCCAAUCUCCGACGGCACUCGGAAGCGCUCCCAUUCAUCGAAGAAAGCGUCAAACUCCGGCGCGAGCUAGUUGCCAUUCACCCAGGAUCAUACACCCCAGAUUUGGCCGGAUCACUCAACAAUCUAUAUAACGCUCUUUCCAAUCUCGGACGGUACUCGGAGGCGCUCCCAUUCAUCAAAGAGAGCGUCAAACUCCAGCGCGAGCUAGUUGCCAUUCACCCAGGAUCAUACACCCCAGAUUUGGCCGGAUCACUCAACAAUCUAUAUAACGCUCUUUCCAAUCUCGGACGGUACUCGGAGGCGCUCCCAUUCAUCAAAGAGAGCGUCAAACUCCGGCGCGAGCUAGUUGCCAUUCACCCAGGAUCAUACACCCCGGAUUUGGCCAGAUCACUCAACAAUCUAUAUAGCGCUCUUUCCAAUCUCGGACGGCACUCGGAGGCGCUCCCGUUCAUUGAAGAAAGCGUCAAACUCCGGCGUGAGCUAGUUGCUGCUCACCCAGGAUCAUACACCCCGGAUUUGGCCAGAUCACUCAACAAUCUAUUUAACGCUCUUUCCAAUCUCGGACGGCACUCGGAGGCACUCCCAUCCAUCAAAGAAAGCGUCAAACUCCGGCGCGAGCUAGUUGCCAUUCACCCAGCAUCAUACACCCCAGUUCUGGCCCUCUCACUCAACAAUCUACAUAACGCUCUUUCCAAUCUCGGACAGCACUUGGAGGCACUCCCAUUCAUUGAAGAGUGCGUCAAACUACACCGUGAGCUGGUCGCUGUUCACCCAGGAUCAUACACCCCAGAUUUGGCCAGAUCACUCAACAAUCUAUAUUUGGCUCUUUCCAAUCUCGGACGGCACUCAGAGGCGCUCCCAUUCAUCGAAGAAAGUGUCAAACUCUGGCGCGAGCUAGUUGCCAUUCACCCAGGAUCAUACACCCCAGAUUUUGCCAUCUCACUCGACAAUCUCCGUGGUGCUCUUGCCAGACUCGGACGGCACUCGGAGGCGCUCCCAUUCAUCGAAGAGAGCGUCAGGCUAUGCCGUGAGCUAGUUGCUGUUCACCCAGGAUCAUACACCCUGGAUUUGGCCAGAUCACUCAACAAUCUAUUCUUGGCUCUUUCCAAUCUCGGACGACACUCGGAGGCACUCCCAUUCAUCGAAGAAAGCAUCAAACUAUACCGUGAGCUAGUUGCUGUUCACCCAGGAUCAUACACCCCGGAUUUGGCCAGAUCACUCAACAAUCUAUAUUUGGCUCUUUCCAAUCUCGGACGGCACUCGGAGGCACUCCCAUUCAUCGAAGAAAGCAUCAAACUAUACCGUGAGCUAGUUGCUGUUCACCCAGGAUCAUACACCCCGGAUUUGGCCCUCUCACUCAACAAUCUAUAUAACGCUCUUUCCAAUCUCGGACGGCACUUGGAGGCGCUCCCAUUCAUUGAAGAGAGCAUGAAACUACACCGUGAGCUGGUCGCUGUUCACCCAGGAUCAUACACCCCAGAUUUGGCCAGAUCACUCAACAAUCUAUAUUUGGCUCUUUCCAAUCUCGGACAGCACUCGGAGGCGCUCCCUUUCAUCGAAGAAAGCGUCAAACUCCGGCGCGAGCUAGUUGCCAUUCACCCAGCAUCAUACACCCCAGUUCUGGCCAUCUCGCUCGACAACCUCGGUGGUGCUCUUGGCCAACUCGGACAGCACUCGGAGGCGCUCCCAUUCAUUGAAGAAAGCGUCAAACUCCGGCGCGGGCUAGUUGUCAUUCACCCAGGAUCAUACACCCCGGAUUUGGCCAUCUCACUCAACAAUCUAUAUAAUGCUCUUUCCAAUCUCGGACGGCACUCGGAGGCGCUCCCGUUCAUUGAAGAAAGCGUCAAACUCCAGCGCGAGCUAGUUGCUGUUCACCCAGGAUCAUACCCCCCGGAUUUGGCCAUCUCCCUCACCAAUCUAUAUGAGGCUCUUUCCAAUCUCGGAUGGCACUCGGAGGCGCUCCCAUUCAUCGAAGAAAGUGUCAAGAUCCAACGCCAGCUGGUUGAAAUCAACCCAGGAGCAUAUGCCCCGGGAUUGGCCCGUUCACUCAGAAAUCUACGUCAAGCUCUUUCCAAUCUUGGACGUCAUUCCGAGGCACAAAUGGUCCACGUUUGAGCAACCCAAGUCCGGUGGUCCUCUCAUUUCCCGUUGUCAUUGCGUUUGCCACUUUGCCACCUGCUGAUGGAGAACAAGUACUAACAAGUCCAGCCUCAAUUUUUUUUAUUAGAUAUUAUUGAUACAAUAGUUACUGGCACUACGCUCAUAACAAAUCACAGUUGCAACGUAUAGUUUCAAUAUGAAGGUUGCUCAUUUCUCUUAUAUGUACUGGUCCAACGUUUCUGUAUACCAUCAUAACCAACGACGUUAAAGUUCGAUGGAUGCUGAAUGUCGAUGCAAUG